GGGGGACACCGGCGCUCAGCGCUGCACAGAGCGGCCACCAAUACAGGAAGAUGACGUUCGCCAACCGGAAAAGAAAAGAAAAGACUGACCGACUCCUCUUAAGGGCGCCAGCCACAAUAUGGCUGAACGGACGCUAUAGGCUGAAAAAGAUCAUGUGGGCGGUCGUUGCCUAGGUAACGGCGACAUUUCCGGAACGCUGAACAUAAAGUUUUCUACGAGGAGAGCUGUUGAGCUCUGGAAUCUGGAUAUGGGGAAAAUUAAGAAAAAAGAUGUGAAGAAGACAGAGAAGUUGUCAGUGGAAGCCACUGAGGAGACCGGCUCCAAAUUAUCAUCUGUGUCUGUGACCUCUACUGACGAGCCUGCUUCCCCAACCAUUACCACCACUCCUAAUACUGAACCUGUGAAGCAGGACGAGCCUCUGGCCACAGCUGCCGCUACAGAGUCCUUAGAGGAACCAGUACUAAAUCAGCUUAUCGUUGCCAAGUAUGAAGGGGAAUUGGUGAAUGGCUUAUAUGAAGGAGAGGGUGUUGCUUAUUACAAAGAUGGAAAUGUUUACAGAGGCAUGUUUUCUGAAGGUUUUAUGCAUGGUAAAGGAACAUACACUUGGACAGAUGGGCUGAUGUAUGAGGGAGAAUUUUCCAUGAACUGUCCAAUGGGUUAUGGUGUAUAUAUAUGGCCAAAUGGCAGUCGCUAUGAAGGACAGGUGUACAAGGGACUCAGACAUGGAACUGGCAUCUACGUGGCUAGUGAUCAGAAUGUUUCAUAUGUAGGCGAAUGGCACAAGGGCAUAAGACAUGGGAAGGGUACCAUUUUCUACAAUGCUGAAGGAACAUCGUGGUAUGAGGGGGAGUGGAAACAUAAGACGAAGGAGGGAUGGGGAGUGCAGUGUUUUAUGUCUGGCAACAUCUAUGAAGGCGAAUGGAAAAAUAAUAAAUUCCAUGGAAUGGGGAGGAUGAAGUGGCUGUCAUCCAAUGAAGAAUACAAGGGUCAAUGGGAGAAUGGCAUACAGAAUGGUCUUGGGACUCACACUUGGUUCCUAAAGAGAGUGCCUGGCUCACAAUACUCCUUAAGAAAUGAAUAUGUUGGGAACUUUGUAGAUGGCGUACGUCAUGGACAAGGCCGGUACUACUAUGCUAAUGGAGCAAUGUACGAUGGAGAGUGGAAAACCAAUAAAAAACAUGGCAUGGGCAAGUUCAUUUUUAAGAAUGGAAAGAUCUAUGUUGGUGAAUUUGUGGAAGAUCAGAUAUCAGAAUAUCCAAAUUUUAAAUACGACAGAGUGAAUACCCCAGAUCUGAGUGGAAUUCGGACCCAGAGUCCAGCUUGUGGAGAAAACCUUGAUGCCUCCACAUUUAAUUCAGGUAUUUCAAGUUUAUCGGGGUCUUAUAUCGAGCUUGAUUUAACUUCACUGCUGAACCUGUUUCCAGAGAAUGAACGACUGGAAGAACUUAAACAGGUAGAAUAUGGUGUCCUGAGGAACCUCACAAUGCUACGGAGGAUGUACAAGUUCUACAGCAGCCUGGGGAAUGAGAAUUGCUUUGAUAAUGCCUUCCUGAUGACAAAGCUACAAUUCUGGAGAUUUCUAAAAGACUGCAAGUUCCAUCACUACAAACUCACACUUUCUGAAAUGGAUCGCUUCCUGACUGCAGGUACUGCCGACCCAGAGGAGGUACACUCUCCAUUUGCUACAAUGUUGAUUCGAACUUUUUUGACACAUAUCAUCUAUUUGGCUUAUCAUAUCACUCACACACAGAAUCUAGAGAAGAAGUUUUCCAUUGUUGACUGCUUUUCCAACAUCAUGGCACAGAAUAUAUCCCCCCAUGCAAGUCACAUCAAAGGGUUUUUACUCCUUGAUGAACACAAGACUGAGCAUGCAAUGUCCUACAUUGAUAAAUCCUGGGAUAUCUACAAAAUCUACUGCCGGAAAAAUUCUUCCCCUCCUUAUGAGCCUACCAUGACGAUGAGGCAUUUUAUCUGGAUGAUGAAAGAUUUAAAAAUCAUAAAUAACAAGCUCAGUGUCACGAAGAUUGUGGACAUUUUAGCGGAUGAUGACCCAUGUGUACGGGAUGGCAAUGAAAUCAAUCUAGAGCUGGAGCUCACGUUUCUGGAGUUCUUUGAAGCACUCUUUGGCUGUGCCACUGUAUAUGUCACAGAUGAUCUAUUAAAGGAGACAGCCAAUGGGCUUCAAGGAGAGCAGACUGAAAGGCCAGCCAUGGAUUCCUCAGCAGACCCUGCUGAACAUUGCACAACUCCUUCCCAAUCGCACAAGUCUGAAUAUGAGACAGAAGAACAGCUUUUAAUAAGUAACCUGAAGGCAAAUGGAAAAUGCAGCCCACCUGUCUCAUUACAUACCCCAAAGAAAGUACAGAAGGAAGUUACAACAGCAGAUAAAUGGUUCAAUCAGAUCAAUGUAUUUUUUGAAAAAAUAUUUUUCCCGGCCUAUGAGAAAGUAGAACAGUUAAAGGCUGAAAUACCACAAAACAGAAUGCGACAGGCUGAGCUGACCCGGUUACAGCAGAUCAGGGAGGAGGAGGAAGCAAGACUAAAAGCACUGAAAGCAGAAGAGGAAGCCAAAAAGAUUGCACAAAUGGAGUUAGAAAAGGUCAGAAUAGAGGCUGUGCCCAUAUCUGUAGACCAAGCGGAUGACACCAAAAGUGAGCAGCAACCCAUCACACCCAAACAUGAGCCUUCCAUGCCCCCAUCAACGGCAAGCACGAAAACGCCGCCAGCAACUGGCAAGAAGAAGAAAAGAUAAUAUACAAAUAAUAGAAUUGCAGUCUUUUUCUGGAAAUAAAUAUCAAGUACGAUGUAGUUCCACAAAUCUAGUCUAGCAUUGUGAUUUAGGCCCAAAUGUCUUAAACUUCAACAAAAAAUAAACUUGAGACGGAUAAAGAGAGAUAAAUGACCAGCCAACCAGCUCCUAACUGUCAUUUUUCAAACAUACUGUGUGACAUGACAGUUAGGAGCUGAUUGCCUGGUCAUUUAUUACUUUUUAUCCGUCUGCAAUUUAUCUAUUGUUAAGGCUUAAUACAUUUGGGCCAUAGGCCCUAGCCCUGUAGAAAUACAUCUCAUGUAUAGCCGACACUCCAUGAGAUAAAGCUGUUCUUCCUCCACAA